GAACAGGAAUAGAAAGGGAUAAAGGACACGGUUGUAAUGACACAUGUACAGUCGCUAUUUCAUACUGUACUCUGAAGAGAUUGGCCUUUACCUAACUUCAUCUGAGGAAGAGGAUGACCCAGCAGGGACCUACAGCAGCUAUGGAGGAAAGGCUCAGCUGUCCCAUCUGCUUUGAGUUCUUCCAGGACCCAGUGAAUCUGAAAUGUCAACACAGCUUCUGCUGCAGCUGCCUGGAAACACCAACAAGGAUUCAACAAAAGCAGCGCGAGUGCCCAGUCUGCAGGGGAAGGAAUUCCAUAGACAAUAUCCAGCCCGCAAUGUCUAAUAUGAAACUGAGGAACAUAGUGGAGGCCUACCUGCAGGGAGAAGAGAAGAAGGGGAGUGGGGGGAGAGCAGUGGGUCUUGUGGUGUGCGCCAGACAUAAUAAGAAGCUCAGGUUUUUCUGUGAGGAAUGUGAGGAACUUGUUUGUGCUGUGUGUGUGGAGACCGAGCGGCAUGCCAAGCAUAAACACCAGCCAGUGAAGGAGGAAGCGCAAUGGCGUAAGAGGGAAAUCACUUCAUUGAUCUACAACCUUCCUGAGAAACUGGAACUGGACAUAAAGCAAGCGAGAGUCACAAGAAAGUGUGCAGCACAAUACAUCAAGACCCAGGCCCAAACCACAGCAGGACAGAUCAAGAGUGAGUUUGCGAACCUCCACCAGUUCCUGAGAGUUGAGGAGGAGGCCAGACUGGCAGCUUUGAAACAGGAGGAAGGGAUGAAGACAGGGUUACUGACCGAGAGGAUCGCCCGUCUUGCCAGCAACAUGACCUCACUCCCAGGGAGGAUCUCAGACAUACAGACCAAGAUGAAGACCGAUGACAUCUCGUUUCUACAGAUGUACAAGGACUUGAAAGACAGGGCCAAGUAUACAAUGCAGGAUCCAGAGCCUGUAUCGGGGCACUGAUAGACGUGGCCCAACACUUGGGAAACCUGAGGUUCAAGGUCUGGAAGAAAAUGCAAGAGAUGGUGCAAUACACCCCUGUGACCCUGGAUGUGAAUUCAGCCCACCCUGAUCUACUGAUCUCUGGGGUCCUCCUGGAGGUGAGUGACAGACGAUCGUCCCAGCCUGUGCCUGAUAACGCGGAGCGAUUCGACAGCUCAGUGAGCGUGCUGGGCUCUGAAGGCUUCUACUCAGGCAUUCACAGCUGGGAGGUGGAGGUGGGGCCUAAGAAGGCCUGGACCCUGGGAGUGGCCAAAGAGGGUGUGGCCAGGAAGGGCAAUGUGAUGGUCAGCCCAGAGGGUGGGAUCUGGGCGAUGGGGCUGUGGAACGGGGAGGAGUAUAGCGCUGGAACCUCCCCCCUGGGUACCCCUUUGGUCCUGAGUAGGAAACCCCAGAAUGUCAGGGUCAAGUUGGACUAUGAGAAAGGAGAGCUGUCCUUCUAUGACUCCAGUGACAUGUCACUCAUCUAUAUGUUCGAACAGAGGUUCACAGAAAGACUGUUCCCCUACUUCUCUCCCUGCCUUAACUCCGAUGGCACUAACCCUGGAGUACUGAGUAUCUGCCCUGAGAAGGUGUUUGUGACUGUGACACCUGCUCACUAAGGAUAUUUUCUGGUGAUACUACUUUACGAUCCCUCACCGAAGUGUCUGCCUUGGUAAAGUCUGUCACAGUGACUCUAGUGGUGACAGUGAUGUCUGUGACACCAAUGUGUAUUCCGAAACUUUGUCUGGGGCACUUUCCUGUUAAUUAAUUUAUUGAGAGAAUGUGUCAUGAAUUCCCUACUUUUUGGUGGUAUGUUCAAUAAAAUUUCAGUUAGAAAAAAAUAGUUCCAAAAGGGUUCCCUUUUUGGUUCCAGGUAAAACUAUUUCAGGUUCCAUGUAGAACCUUUUGUGGAAAGGGUUCUAGAUUAAAUCUAAAAGGGUUUUACCUGGAACCAAAAGAGGUUCUUCAAAGGGCUUUCCUAUAGGGACAGCCGAAUAACCUUUUUGGUUCAAGAUAACACCUUUUUUCAAAGAAUGUACAGUUGUGGCCAAAAGUUUUGAGAAUGACACAAAUAUUAAUUUCCACAAAGUUUGCUGCUUCAGUGUCUUUAGAUAUUUUUUGUCAGAUGUUACUAUGGAAUACUGAAGUAAUAUUGUUGAUGCAAAGAGUCAAUAUUUGCAGUGUUGACCCUUCUUUUUCAAGACCUCUGUAAUCCACCCUGGCAUGCUGUCAAUUAACUUCUGGGCCACAUCUUGACUGAUGGCAGCCCAUUCUUGCAUAAUCAAUGCUUGGAGUUUGUCAGAACUGGUGGAUUUUUGUUUGUCCACCCGCCUCUUGAGGGUUGACCACAAGUUCUCAAUGGGAUUCAGGCCUGUGGAGUUUCCUGUUCAUGACCCCAAAAUAUCAAUGUUUUGUUCCCCGAGCCACUUAGUUAUCACUUUUGCCUCAUGGCAAGGUGCUCCAUCAUGCUGGAAAGGGCAUUGCUCGUCACCAAACUGUUCCUGGAUGGUUGGGAGAAGUUGCUCUCGGAAGAUGUGUUGGUACCAUUCUUUAUUCAUGGCUGUGUUCUUAGGCAAAAUUGUGAGUGAGCCCACUCCCUUGGCUGAGAAGCAACCCAACACAUGAAUGGUCUCAGGAUGCUUUACUGUUGGCAUGACACAGGACUGAUGGUAGCGCUCAGCUUGUCUUCUCCGGACAAGCUUUUUUCUGGAUGCCCCAAACAAUCGGAAAGGGGAUUCGUCAGAGCAAAUGACUACCCCAGUCCUCAGCAGUUCAUUCCCUGUACCUUUUGCAGAAUAUCAGUCUGUCCCUGAUGUUUUUCCUGGAGAGAAGUGGCUUUUUUGCUGCCCUUCUUGACACCAGGCCAUCCUCCAAAAGUCUUCGCCUCACUGUGCAUACAGAAUGCACUCACACCUGCCUGCUACCAUUCCUGAGCAAGCUCUGUCCUAGUGGUUCCCCGAUCCCGCAGCUGAAUCAACUUUAGGAGAUGGUCCUGGUGCUUGCUGGACUUUCUUGGGUGCCCUGACGCCUUCUUCACAACAAUUGAACCGCUCUCCUUGAAGUUCUUGAUGAUCUGAUAAAUGGUUGAUUUAGGUGCAAUCUUACUGGCAGCAAUAUCCUUGCCUGUGAAGCCCUUUUUGUGCAAAGCAAUGAUGACGGCACGUGUUUCCUUGCAAGUAACCAUGUUUGACAGAGGAAGAACAAUGAUUCCAAGCACCACCCUCCUUUUGAAGGUUCCAGUCUGUUAUUUGAACUCAAUCAGCAUGACAGAGUGAUCUCCAGCCUUGUCCUCAUCUACACUCACACCUGUGUUAAUGAGAGAAUCACUGACAUGAUGUCAGUUGGUCCUUUUGUGGCAGGGCUGAAAUGCAGUGGAAAUGUUUUUGGGGGAUUCAGUUCAUUUGCAUGUCAAAGAGGGACUUUGCAAUUCAUCUGAUCACUCUCCAUAAAAUAACAUGGAGUAUAUGCAAAUUGCCAUCAUACAAACUGAGGCAGCAGACUUCGUGAAAUUAAUAUUUGCGUCAUUCUCAAAACUUUUGGCCACGACUGUAGUGUAUGUAUGAUACAGUACAUUCAGCAAAUGUUCAAACCCCUUGACUUUUUCUACGUUACAGAUUUAUUCUAAAAUGUAUGAAAAAAUGUCCUCAUCAAUCUACACACAUACCCCACAAUGACAAACAGGUUUUUACAUAAUGUCACGCCCUGGUCGAAGUAUUUUGUGUUUUUCUUCAUGUAUUUGGUCAGGCCAGGGUGUGACAUGGGUUUUUGUAUGUGGUGUGUAGCUUAGUGGGAUUGUAGUUUAGUGGGGUGUUCUAGGAGAGUCUAUGGCUGUCUGAAGUGGUUCUCAAUCAGAGGCAGGUGUUUAUCAUUGUCUCUGAUUGGGAACCAUAUUUAGGCAGCCAUAUUCUUUGGUUGUAUUGUGGGUGAUUGUCCUGAGUGUCUUGAUGUCCUUGUGCUGUGUUAGUUGACACAAGUAUAGGCUGUUUUCGUUUCGUUUAUUGUUUUGUACUGUUCGUGUUUUGUCGUGUUUACGUUUGUUUAAAUAAACAUGGAUCGCAAUAUA